AUGUGUUGCAUCUUCACCUGCUGCGGUUGGAUGAUUGAUCUGUUCCAAAGACUGUGGACGUUCACGAUGUCCUGCUGCAUCAGUUCCGCUGUUGGCUGCGCGUUUCUCACAGCCUCAGUGUCAGGGAUAGCCCUCGGAUAUAACUAUUCAUUAGCAGAAUAUAUCGAUUUAAAAGAAACCAACGUCUCCGUUUACAUAAAGCGAGGUGUUUUCGACGAUGAGAUCGCGGAUGACAUGGAAUGGCGUCGAAGCGGACAUAUGCCGAUCGCCGGACACAUCCGAGAGGAUAACCUCAUGACUGGAUCACCAGAAGAAGAAAAUCCUCAAGCAUCGAAGUCUGGACGGAGAUUGGACGAUUCCAUUUUUGAAUCCGAUGAUCAGAAUAAGUUCGAAGGCUCACUGAUGAGGUUAACCGCCAAGGCCCCGGCCUUUAGCACGACAACCAAACCGGCCACGAGCGACUUGGAAAUGGCAGAGAUAAUGUCGAAAUAUCAACUGGGCUCGGUCGAUCAACUCAAGGCUAUUCAAGGCCUCAUUAACAUGAGAAAGUCGGGGGAUGCACGUGAUACAACUGCUAAAGGAGCGGUGAAGACAACAUUUGGAUACGACGAAAGAUACCUACCACACUUUCCAGCAUUUCCUGACCCAAUGAUGUCAGGUAGACGAAUAAUGCCCUCGAACAUCAACAUAAAUGUGGACAAAGCCGAUAGUUCUUUACGAAAAGCAGUACCAGAAGCGAGUAUUAAUGAACCCGAUAAGUGGGGUAGACGUAAGGCAUUCCCUGGCGCCAUCAACGAUGUGGCCUAUGAUUAUUUAGAUAAGAGCCCUAAAUAUCCACCUCCAGUGACCCCUAAACCUGGCCCAGUGAGACCGACAAAAUUAAGAGCUUCAUCUGCUAUAUUUCGGCCAACCCACACGCAAAAAGUAAUAGAGUCAUCACCAAAAAUGGAUUAUGCGAUUUCUAAAGAAGUUGACCGUGAUCUUGAAGAAUUCAAAGAAAAGCUAAUGUUGGACAAAUUUGAAAAUCCCAAUUUAAAAAGCGAUGUUUUGAAAAUGCCUAAAGAAGAAUUUAUCAAAGCUGAAGAUGACUAUGAAGCUGAUAUAAAAGGUCUUCCAGUCAGAAAAAAGAGGAAUGUUAGCGAUAUUAAGAAAUACAUCAAACCAGCAUCGAGUGAAUCGAAUGUUGUGAAGAAAGAUAAAAAUAUCGCAUUUUCAAUCAUCAAUAAUAAUAUAUUUAAUUUAGCAUCGAGAAUUGCUGAGAAAAGUGCAACAGCACAAAUGAAAACACAGAAUGCUCGUACCAAAAGUAAACUUCUAUUAAAACUACAAUCAUAG